AUGGACCUGUUUGUGAGGGCCUCACCCCCUGAGUUCCAGGUCCUGGCCCUUGACGAGCUGUUUGUGACUGACGUGGCUGACGCCAUGAUACUGCACCGCCUCUUCGACCGCCUCUGGGACGCGGGGCUCGUGCUGGUGGCCACCAGCAACAGGGCCCCAGACAGGCUCUACGAGGGCGGCCUGCAGCGGGCGCUGUUCCUGCCCUUCAUUGCGCGGCUUAAGGAGCAGUGCGUCAUCCACGACAUGGCGUCACCCGUGGAUUACCGCCGGCUGGCGCAGCACCAGAGGGGGCUCUACUUCGUCACCCCGGACAGGGACCAGCAGCUCUAUGAGGCGUUUUUGGAGGCGGGCGGCGGCGUGCUGCAGCCGGCCCCAGACACGGUGCAGGUGGCGAUGGGGCGUGUGCUGCAGGUGCCGGAUGCAGUGGACACCACCCAGGCCCCUUAA